AUGGACACUAUCAAGGGGCAUAUUGCGAAUCGUGAUUAUGCCGGACUUGUAAAUUUCUGCGAAGAGUUAGAACCACAACUUGCCCUUACACAGAAUAAUACCAUAAGUUUAGAGGACUUUUAUGGCACAUUUAUGCUUGGUUAUCUACUUGAACAGGACCUGCCAUCGGCAAGGUUUCUCUGGAAACGAUUGGGAGACAAUAUUAAAGGGAGUUCAAAGGAAUUACGGUUAAUUUGGGAUGUUGGUAUUGCGCUAUGGCAGAGAGAUUAUGAUAACAUGUAUAAGCUCAUAGAUUUAAAAACAUGGAGUCCUGUAAUAGCACCUUUGAUGGAGCAGCUUGGUGAAAACCUACGAGAACGUAUGCUUAUUCUUUUAUCAGAGUCUUAUUCCUCUAUUACGAUUGAUGAUGUAGGCAGAUAUCUUGGUCUGCCCCGUGAGAAAGUUUUGUCGGUUACGAACGAACGUGGAUGGACCGUCGACCUUUCAACAGAUAUGAUGCAACCAAAAAAAAUCGUUCAAGAAGCACCACAAUCUAUAUCUCUUGCAAAUUUCUCUCAACUUACCGAUUUAGUCAUUCACUUAGAAAAAUCUUAG